AUGGAGGCGUUGGACGAUCAACUGGGUCACCUGAAGCAGAGGCCAACGAACGGGCCGCACCCGAGACCGUACCAUAGCACCGGGCUGCCCGAUUGCCCACCGAACGGAGCCGGAAUACCGGGCACGGUGAUGGUGGGCAAAAAGAGUGGACCCGCAGUGCCGCCGAAGCCUCGCAAAGGCUCCACGCAGCAGGUUCCGCCGCAGGUUCCGAAAAGUUCGAACGUGAAGCAGUACUGCGAACCAUCGUUUUCGACGCUGCUGCAGGGCCAGAGCAGCGCGCUGGACGAGCAUGCGUACACGAACGUGGGAAAUGGUGCCCGGGCCGUUGCAGCCACCGGUUCCAGUCCGAUCCCCGGGAAGAUGGGUGUGCGCAAGGUUACGCUCGAUAAUGCGCUGGAGCUGCAGCAACAGAAAGAAGCGCUCGAGCACCACAAGCGCGUGAUGGAGGAUAAACGGAAACAUUCUUCAACUGGUCAACUGGUGUACGAAAACACACAAGGACCACCGUACGGUGGUACGGAGCGGUACGGAGCGGAUGCCACGUACUCCAACAUUCCCGGGGGCGCACGGGCCCACGUAACGAAGCCCACCAGCGAGGGGCUCAUUUACAGCAACAUAAUGCACAGUUCCAACCCCCCCUCGAAGCCGUUUCCGCAGCGCCAAAUUUCGGAGGAAUUGCCACCACCUCCACCGCAGGAUAUGGGGCAGGACGUUCCGUUGACGUUGAAUGCGUUGAGCUUGGAGGAGAACGACGAAGAGUUUCCACCGCCUCCGAGCCCCGUCAGUUCCUCGUACAGUGAGCUGCGCAGGGCCACCGAUCCACCGCACAUGGGUCGGCAGCCACAGCCGACGUACAACAUGGUCGGACCGGGCACAGUGGGAGGACCGCCGGGAGGUCAGAGCACGUACAGCAACAUGGGGAGUCAGAUUUACGCGAACAACCAGUCGCUGUACGGUACGUACGGGAUGAGUUCGCAGGGCUCGUCGACGUACGAGUCGAUCUACGAACCGAUCAAUCCGCGACCACCGAGCCAGAUGUCGGCCAGAUCGAACUACUCGCUGUACGCGCCGUACGUGAACUCGCACGGCAUCAACAGCCCGAACGAUAGCAUCAUCACGAGCGCCUCGCAGCAGCAACCGUUACACCAUCAUCAUCACCACCGUGGCGGCGGCGGCGGCAUGCCGAAGGAGACGGAAGUGGACACGCUCACCAACCUGCUGGUGGAGUCGAUGGACAACGGGCAGGACGCGGACUCGUUCGGGACGUGCGUCAAGUGUGGCGAGCGGGUGGUGGGCGAAAACAACGGCUGCACGGCCAUGGACAAGAUCUACCACAUCUCCUGCUUCACCUGCCAGCAGUGUCAGAUCAAUCUGCAGGGCAAACCGUUCUACGCGCUGGACGGCAAGCCGUACUGCGAGGAGGACUACCUCAACACGCUCGAGAAGUGUUCGGUCUGUCAGAAACCGAUCCUCGAGCGGAUCCUGCGGGCGACCGGCAAACCGUACCAUCCGCAGUGCUUCACCUGCAUCGUUUGCGGCAAGUCGCUCGACGGCAUCCCGUUCACGGUCGACGCGACCAACCAGAUACACUGCAUCGAAGAUUUCCACAAAAAGUUUGCCCCGCGCUGCUGCGUCUGCAAGCUGCCGAUCAUGCCCGAGCCGGGCGAGGACGAAACGGUGCGCGUGGUCGCGCUCGAUCGCAGCUUCCACAUCAACUGCUACAAGUGUGAAGACUGUGGACUGCUCCUAUCGUCGGAGGCGGAAGGCCGCGGCUGCUAUCCGCUCGACGAUCACAUUCUGUGCAAAAGCUGCAACGCCAAACGGGUGCAGACCCUCACUAGCCAUAUGACGACGGAGCUGUAAACGGAUUUCAAACCCGGUGGUCCGGUGGUUUCCAUUCCGAUUCCGGCCCUCCCACCAAAACCCUUUCCUAGUGCGGCUUCUCGCAGAAAAACAGAAGAUCAUCUCGACCGCGAUCGGUGGUGCCUCCGGAGAGCGGAGUAGAGUUAGGAAAAAAAAACUAUGAUGAUGAUACCCCAUCGCAGCAACCAUUGUUUGGAGCGAAACGAAUAGUCAAAUUUACGCGCACGAUCGACCGGCAGACAACGAAGAGUCUGGGUAGCAACUGAGGGCUCUUUUUCAUCUUGAUCAUUCCAUUUCGAAACAUUCCGCCGUUCCCCGUGGAUCGUAACAGUAUUGAUAAGGCGCACCUGAGUUGUAACGGCGAACCCCGCAAUAGGAUGUUUUAAAAACCAAUCUGUUGUGCGACUGGCGGCCCAUUUGGACGUAGGGCGUUUACUAUUGAUACAUAAUACGCGUGAUAGCUACAGCUACAGUAGGGCGAUGGUUCGCCAGACGCAAACGGAAGCAAACGUGUCGUCGCACAAUGUCUAGUAUUUAAGCAGCAUUUCCGUAGGAUAAGAUGUUUUAGAUGCGCAUUUAGUAGAUACCGGUCAGGGCGUGAGGAGGAGGAUUGCCGAUAGCUCUCGAAACCCCGCUCUGCUCUCGAACUCGUCCAUCGCUACGUAUGUAUGUAUGUUACUUCAGUCGUUUUCACCGUUCUAUAAGACAGAAAAUGCUUACAUAAGCUCAAAUUUUAACUGUACGUUACCUGCGUGAACUAAAAGGUAAACUCGUGUACUACCGCUGUUGGCACAAC